AAUAUCCACGAAGAAGAAAGGUCGGGCCACCGUAAUGUUUUAAGGAAACUGCUCAGAUUAGCUUGCUGUCUCGUUAUGUGCCGACAGUAUUUUUAGUUUCUAGCUAAGAAGCGCCGCCCGGUACAGAAAGCGUAUUUUGUUUUUCUCUUUCUGGAGUUGGAAUUAACUGUCAAACGCCAAUAAGCGGAAGAAAAUCACAGGUUUGUGAGGAGGGAUAGCGUUACAGCCUGGUAACGGUAAACCAGAUAAGCUGAGCUAAUUAGCUAGCCACAGUUUUCUUCUUCAGCGGCUCACAGGAUGUCUUACAGGAAAACUUUAAAACUUAUUUGUGGGUUCGCCGGAGGCUCUGCCGUCGUAGUGUUGGCGGCUGCCGCCGCUGACUCCCGCGGAUACUUCGGUGAGCAGCGCGGAGAGGUGGCCGGUCGGUGGUCCAGAUACACGGCUCUUCAAGCUGCGCAGCCGGCGUGGACACCUGCCAGCCACACACCAACCCCGAGUGGACACGCCUGGGACUUCAACUGGGAUAAGAGAGACCCAUCUGCACUGACGAAUGGGAAGAAGAAAGAAAAGAAAGAAGAAAACGCAACUGAAGACCCCAGCUCUGAGCAGGACAACGGCAAACCAAAAGCAACACGCAACAUUCUCCUCAUCAGACACUCUCAGUACAACCUAAGCGGGAUCAGUGACAAGGAGAGGACCCUCACUCCAUUAGGUCGUGAGCAGGCUGAGUUCACGGGCAAACGGUUGGCAGAGUUGGGGCUGAAGUAUGAUGUUCUGAUUCACUCCAGCAUGGCCAGGGCCACAGAGACGGCAAAUAUCAUCAGCAAACACCUCUCAGGUCUAGGAGUGGAGCUGGUGAGCUGUGACCUGCUGAGAGAGGGUGCACCUAUUGAGCCAGUUCCACCUGUCACCCACUGGAAGCCCGACGCUGUGCAGUACCACGAAGAUGGAGCUCGCAUUGAGGCAGCCUUUCGCCGCUACAUCCACCGGGCUGACCCCAAGCAGAAGGAGGACAGCUACGAGAUCAUCGUGUGUCAUGCCAAUGUCAUCCGUUAUUUUGUCUGCAGGGCUCUGCAGUUUCCUCCAGAGGGCUGGUUACGUAUGGGCUUGAACAACGGCAGCAUCACGUGGCUCACCAUCCGCCCUAGCGGCAGGGUGGCUCUUAGAACUCUGGGAGACGCAGGAUUCAUGCCCCCGGACAAACUAACACGGACCUGACGGGCCCAACACACGGCAGGUGUCUGGGACUCUGAUGCCCAGACGGUUGGUUGCAGGGUCAAAGCUCAGUUUUCUCCUUAAGUGUCUUGAAAAUUACUUUUAAUGUUAUUAUUUUGUAAUUGAACUCCCAUGAUGUAUUAAGAGACUCUGUGGUUGUGAUUACUUCCGUGCCAUAGAACGCCAGCAGGAGUGAUCAACAGCUGUUCCUGAAUGUACCUGAGGAUUUCUACAGAAGUGACUGAUUUUUAAACCAAAAUGGAGGUUGCAUUUGUAUAGCUGUUGUAAAUGCAGAUUAUGCUCUUAGCUUUACAUCUGUCCUUGCAGGAUGCUAAAGUGUGAGGAUUACUGUGUUGUAUGGUGAAGUUGUAGUAAAUAAAAUAAUGAAUGCCUCA